CUUUAAGAGUAAAAGCUAAGUAACCAUUUCUCUCACUCUCCUUUAUCAAUAAAUAUAAGCCAAUCACCAAAAAAAAUAUCAUUUGAGAACUCUAGAAACCUGUUUCAAUGGCGAUUCACAAGCUUCCACUUCUUCUCUUUCUCUACAUCCUCCUCUUCCUCAAUCGCCCCGUUCUUAGCGACACCGAUGAAGAGGACAUUCUUCUCACAGGCAUCAACAGCUACAGAACAACACAGAAUCUAACAACCUUGAGCAAGAACGAAAACGCAGAAUGUCUAGCUGACGAAAUCGCAGACCAAUUCAAAAACAAACCUUGCACUAACGACACUGGCUCAGCCACAGUACCUGGAACAGAGCCACAGUUCGCAAACUACCCUCAGAUUCUAGCCAAAUGCCACUUAAACGUCUCUGACACUAGAGACGGCUCGAUUAUGCCUGCAUGUGUUCCUCGUUUAGAAUCAAGCCUCGUCCUCACAAACUUCACCAAGUCGCAGUACUCAAUGAGUUUGAACGAUUCAAAGUUUACAGGGAUUGGUAUUGGUAAAGAAGAUGAUUGGAUCGUAGUGGUUCUCACUACCAACACACCAGAAGGAAGCUAUUCUACAGCUACACCUACAAAACAGGAGUCUAGUGGUUUCACCUUUAGUGUUGGUCUCGUUAGUUAUUUGAUCAUUUUCAUGUUUUCCUUUGGUUUCUUCCUCUUUUGAGAUGUCAAAUGUUUUCAUGAGUUUGUCACAAAACUCUCUUUCCUUUAGACUAUCAAGAAUAAAUUUUGUUAAAGAUGGUUAUUAUAAUCGUUUUUCAAAUUAUUCCUGA